GCCAAUCACGUUCCCGUGCCUUUCCGGUGUCCGAUAUCCUGGGAACGAACCAAGAUGGCGACCGCCGGCAACAACAUUUCGGUCACCGCAGCGUUUUCCCUGCUUGUUUCCUUGUUUUUGUGCUUACUAGUUUACGCAAAAGCUCACAAAUGUACGCAUCAGGUUCCCAAACCCAACGAGGUUGUCCAUGGUGUCCACAUAGAACCAGCACACAUAGUCAAGAAGAGAAGUCUGGACCAACCAUUGAGAAUACACCUUGUUUAUGACAGUAGCAUAGAGCAGUUAUCUACAGAAAAGAAAGAUCUAGUAAAGAAUGUUUUGUUCCCUCAAGCCAAGGAGUUCCUACAAAACACUCUAUAUGUGAGGGGGACAGGUGUGCCUAUUUUGUUAGAUCGGCAGUGCCAGACAGGCCAUGCAGUGAUCCUGGAGAAUGAUCCCCACCUGUGCUGUGAGACGGCCUGUAAUGCCACCACCAGGUGUGGGGAGGUACAGGUGCCUGAGGAACAUCUCAGACAGUGUCGAAUCUGGACGCAACAGACCGGCUGUAACCUGGUGGGGAACCCUUCUGGACCAGGCGUGGCCAGCGCUGACUUCAUCCUGUAUGUGUCAGCCAAGCAGACGGACCGCUGUGGGGUGGACGACACUGUCGCUUAUGCUGCUUAUUGUCAACUGGAAGCUGCUCUAGACAGGCCAGUUGCAGGCUACGCCAAUCUGUGCCCAAAUGUCAUCUCCACCAAGCCUCACGAGUUCGCCAGCCUGCUCUCCACUGUCAAGCAUGAAAUGAUCCAUGCCUUGGGCUUUUCCUCUGGCCUGUUUGCGUUUUACCGAGAUGAGAAUGGAGACCCUCUGACAGACAGAAAUGCUAAUGGCAAGCCUGCGUUCAACGACCAACUUGGAGUUUACCAGUGGAGUGAUCGUGUGAUCCAGGAGGUGACGUAUCCCGAGUGGCACAUACGUGGUGGUCGCAUCAUUCCGCAUACAGUUAACGUCAUCAUCACGCCUAAAGUCGUGGAAGAGAUAAGGAACCACUUUAACUGUUCAGACCUUCAAGGAGCUGAAAUCGAGAACCAGGGGGGUGCCGGUACAGAAUGGAAUCACUGGGAAAAGCGUUUACUGGAGAGUGAAGCCAUGACAGGAUCCCACACCCAAAACAGGGCCUUCUCCAGGCUAACUCUGGCACUUAUGGAGGACACAGGAUGGUACAGAGCUAACUACGACAUGGCAGAGCCCCUACUUUGGGGGAAGAACCUGGGUUGUGAUUUUGCAAAGAAGAGCUGCAAAUACUGGAUUGACUCGCAGACACAAAAAGGGGAGUUGGUUGCCCCAUACUGUAACACAGUCCAACAGAACCCCCUCCAGCUGAGGUGCAGUAUAGACAGGGUGUCGGUCGCUCUGUGCAACCUGCAGAACUACAACAGAGUCAUUCCUGAGGACUACCAGUACUUUGACAGCAUACCCGGUCAAGACAGUGCAGCUCUACAAAACUUUGGAGGCGGGGUGGCCUUGGCAGAUUAUUGUCCUUUCAACCAGGAGUUCAACUGGCAGUCAGACGGAGUGUUCUCCCGAGCGUCCAACUGUGACACAGCAGAGAACGCCCCCUCAGACAGAGACAAUUAUGCGCUGGAGUACUACGGCCAGGACUCCAAGUGUGUGGAGCAGGGCAGGGCCUGGAUGAAGGAGGACUGUAGGCAGAGGGCACCGGCUGUGGACUGGGGCAGCGGCUGCUACAAGUACCGCUGUACCAACCAGGGGCUGAUUGUGGAUGUGGCAGGAAAGGAAUAUCGCUGUUACAGAAAAGGACAAGAGUUGCCUAUUGCAACCGUCAAAGGCUCCUGGCUGUAUACGGGCAGUCUGAUUUGUCCAUCAUGUGAAGAAAUGUGUUGGGAUAAUCUACAGAUCACCUGCCCAGCAGAGACAGACCCUCCCAAUGUGUCCACAGCCUCAACAAGACCCCAGGUCCCUUGCGGCACUGUUCAGAGUGUAUCAGAGUCGUCUGGUCGAACAGCAACUCUCGGAAUGUUGUUCCUCAACCUCAUUCCACUUUUGGUUGGAAUCCUACUGUGCAAUACUCCUUAGGCAUUGCUGUUAGGCCACACCAAUUUAAUUUCUAGGUUCUUAGACUUGAACACUCCGAUUUUUUCCCUGAAAAAAAAAACGAAAAAAGGUGAAUUACAAAAGAUCACAUGUACCAUUUUCAUAAUUUUUAUCAAUUCCUCUUCCAGUCGAGCAGUUAAAAAUGUUCGUGUCUUUGUAGUUACUAUUUUUUUUCAUUUGUCAAGGCAUCAAAAGCUGGAAUAUCAUUUUGUAAGAUAUAAAGCCCGCUAUCAUGCUGAUUCUGUAGCUCUUGUGGUAGUAUUUUGGUUCUAUCAUGGUAGCCAUCUUUCUUUUCUAUUUCUGUUUUUGUUUAUUUCCAUGCACAAGUCUAAGAAUCAAGAUAAUACAUUGGUUUGGCCUUGAGUAGAAUAAAAAUGUCCAUGAGCCAGUUUUUUAAAAACUGAUGUACCCCCUCUACAUUCCCAGUAGAGAUGUGACAUCUAUAGAGUUCUGUCACAGAAUUAGUAAUCAUGACCAGAAAUAUUGGACAAGUACACUAAUAACAAGAUUUGAAUCAGGGUGUUACAAUCAACCCAAUAUGUGCCAUUGUUUGUCCAAGUGUUACAGCAAUACAACACAGUGAUAUCAUGAUAGGAAUUACUGUAGGAAGAAUAUUAAUGAUAGUUUUGUAAACAUUACUAAGGGAUCAAAAAACUUAAGCAAAAGCUUAAAAGUUACAAUUUACUAUUUAGGCACACCACUGCCUGAAAAGAAGACCAAUUAAUGUUUUUCCACAAUAAUAUCUUUAAUACAUUACCAUGACUGACAAAAGAUUGAAAAAUUGCUUAAAUUGCAAAGUACCAAACUGCCCAGGGUUGGGGAUUUCUGUUUUUAGAAUAUUUUGCAUAAUAUGCUGUGUUUCCAACACAUGUUUUCUUUGCUGUGCAAAUGAGAGACAUAUAGUUACUCAGAGUUGCAAUGAUUUGGCAAGCAUAGUACCUUGUCUCAUCUAUGAACUAACUUAUAGCUAAUUUCUACUAAAUACAAGAGAUCUGAAUUCUUUCAUUAGAUAUUGCUUGAAACUUUGUACAGAUGAAGAUUGAGCAUUCACUAACCUCCUUAGAUGGUAGCUAAUUAUAUAUCUGUAAUUUCCUCAUGCAUGAGCAUUAAUCAAGUAACGUAAUAGAGAUUGACAUAUGCAUAUGCAUAGCAAUACUUUGAACAAAUGAUGGGAGGAACUUCAUUUUGUAGCAUCUUUUUUCUGCAUCUUUUAGUUGAGAAUGCCAAGUUGAUGAUGCUUGAUUUUGUAUACUGAUAAAAAAUUUGAUCCAAAUCAAAUUCAGCUUGACAAGAAAAUCAGCAUGUAACAGAAUUAAGCAUACGUAGUAUGAACAAGAUAUUAUCUUUACAUCUUACUACUGUAAUUUUUCUUAAGUCUAGAUCUCUGGUUGGUUUUAUUGUUGAUUCCUUGCAAGUAAGUGCUUAUUUGAUUAUGUUGCUGGUCAACAUAUCCAAUUAAUUUUUCAAUGUUUUAAGCAAAAAAAUUUAAUCAUAAGAAAUGUUACCGCAUGUAUGGAGCUGUUGAUAUUUUCGAGCCAUUGUUAUUUUUCUUGUUCUUACUAUGUUUUAUGCUUUUUGUAGUGAGUAAUAGCAAUUGGAGGUUUGACAAGGCCUAAAUAGGCUACCCACACAGUAAUAGUACACCACAUCUUGGGACAAUUAGUGGCCCACUAGGGCUGUCUCGGCUUUAAAUUUUUUUCCAUCCCACUCACUGCCCGUGUUGUUGAUUUUCCUUGUGAAAUAUGUCAUUUUAAGCUCAUGAAAAUAGAUUUUCAACGGUUUCAUGUCAGAAAUUUAAGAUUUUAGGGAUGGAUGAAGUAAAAAAAAUUCCACCCCAACAAGCAAAUUUCCAUUCUGGGACAAAGGGACUGGUCGUGGAGACAGCCCUG